AUGCUGGACCCUCUUGGUCCGCCACCGCUGUGGCUCCAGGAGGCUGUUAAGCCCUGGGCAGAAUGGCUGGAUCUGCCGUCUAUGCCUGCUCAUGUUCAUGAGAUUAUCCUCGCCUUUGUCUUCUACCAGGUCGUCCAUUCGGUCCUGUCGCCUUGGCUGUCCCCUAUCCUGUGUCCCAAGUCGUACCCAAAGCUCAACCCUCGGACCCGGCUCAACUGGGACAUCCAUGUUGUCUCGCUGGUGCAGAGUGUCUUGAUCAACGUGCUGGCUCUCUGGGUGAUGUUCACGGACGAGGAGCGGAAGUCCAUGAACGUCGGUGAGCGGGUGUAUGGCUAUACGGGCGCUUGCGGGCUGAUCCAGGCUCUCGCAGCGGGGUACUUCAUCUACGACUUGAUCGUCAGCACCCUGUACAUCAAGAUGUUUGGCGUGGGGAUGCUUUUCCAUGCCAUCAGUGCGUUGUGGGUGUUUAGUCUCGGGUUUAGACCAUUUCUCAACUUCUACGCCUCGAAUUUCAUCCUGUACGAACUCUCCAGCCCGUUUCUCAACAUCCACUGGUUCUUCGAUAAGGUCAACAUGACGGGCAGCAAGGCCCAAUGGUACAACGGGAUGCUGUUGUUGUUUACCUUCUUCUCGUGCCGCCUUGUCUGGGGCACCUGGCAGUCUGCGUGCGUCUACUACGACAUGUGGGUUGCCCUGCAGCAGAAAUGGACCGCUUCGGCCUCGUCCCUGCUCGACCCCGUCGACAUCACUGCCUCGGUCUUCAAGCUCGAGAAUGGCUCGCUUUGCCUUGACGAGACCUGUGCCAGAGCAAACGCAGAGAUCUCCAAAUACGCCAAAUUCACUGCCGGCGGGGUCCCCACCUGGCUUGUCGUCACAUAUGUGUCGUCCAACAUCGUCCUCAAUUCUCUCAACUACUACUGGUUCUCCAAGAUGAUCGAGACUGUCAUGAAGCGGUUCCGUGCGCCGCCGGCGCCGGAGGAGAAGAAGAAGAAGGUGCAAGACGUGCAGAAAUUCACCGAAGAGGUCGUCCUCGAGGCUGCCGCCAAGUUGGAACAGGAAGAAGGCACUUUAUUCCUGGGUGAUGAAGCGGACGAGAAGAUUGCUUCAGCAGUCGGUGCCGCCGUUGCCGAUAAACUGCGCCGGCGGAACGUCGAGCAAAGAUCUUGA